CCUGGGUGCGGAACUGGGGAAAAAUAUUAACCCUGUAUGCUAUUCAUAGAGUGCGCCCCCCAAAAAGUAAAAAGAGCUGCUUAAAAUAAUAAUAAACACUACCAGCAAAGCAAAACGUGUACGUGCGAUUUCCACGGCUAAUAAAGGUUCCACAUACGAUAUUUCGUGAUCUAUCGAACACCAUCCGCUCGUGUAUCGUGUGCAGUGUCGUCUUGAAGUUAUAGAUAAACAAAUCAAUAAAAUGGCAAACGUAUGCGAGCCCCUAACGCUGGCAAAAGAUGUAAAACGCUCGAUUGAAUUGUUGGAAAAGUUGCAAAUGAGCGGCGAAGUGCCCGCCACCAAACUGGCAGCGCUGCAAAAAGUGCUGCAGAGUGACUUCCUGAACGCUGUGCGGGAAGUGUACGAGCACGUUUACGAAACGGUCGACAUCCAGGGUUCGCUCGAUGUGCGUGCGUCUGCUACGGCCAAGGCUACGAUUGCAGCUUUCGCCGCCAGCGAAGGACACGCCCAUCCGCGCGUCGUCGAGCUGCCCAAAACGGACGAAGGACUCGGGUUUAACGUGAUGGGCGGCAAGGAGCAAAAUUCGCCCAUCUACAUCUCGCGCAUCAUUCCCGGCGGUGUGGCCGAUCGGCACGGAGGGCUUAAGCGUGGCGAUCAGCUGCUCUCCGUAAAUGGUGUGUCCGUCGAGGGUGAAAAUCACGAAAAGGCCGUCGAGCUGCUGAAGCAAGCGGUUGGGUCGGUUAAGCUGGUUGUCCGCUAUACGCCCAAGGUGUUGGAAGAGAUGGAACUACGGUUCGACAAGCAGCGCGCUGCUCGAAGGCGCCAACAGUAUUAAGUUCGCCAUGGUGUGCUGCUCAUCCGCAGGAUCUGUGCAAUGCUCUGCGUACACAUAUAGUUAGCAGUACCAGUCUCCCAUUACACCGCUCCAAAAUGUGUUGUGUGCGUGUUCAUGUUAUAUGUGUUAUAUUUGUGUUCGGAACUGAUUCUCAUAUUCUCCAUCCUAAUGUUCAUUGUAAACGACACGUGUAAUUGAUAGAGAGUCUCGUAUAUCUGGCACAUCCGUUUGUGGACCAUUUCCACCAGCAGACAAAGCAUUGUCAUGUGUGCAUUUUAAUUUGUCUCAAACCGUGCGUAACUGGUGCCCACGAACGUGUAGAGCGCCAUCUAACCUAUCGUAACAUACAACUGCAUCGUAUUAUUCAUCCCGUCUUUAUCGUCGAUGUUGGAAUACACUGUGAAGACAAAACGGAUUCGUUUUCCCGUUCGUAGGCGGGAAGCGUGCGGACGAAUCGAGUGCGUUAGCCUUAUUCCCCGUGGACGAAAUGCAUGUUUGUUAGAGCCACAACACAACAAAACCAGAGAUUAGAAACAGUUCACAUUACUAUAAUAAUUGCACAUCGUUUUUUCUAGCAUGACAAUUUCUGUUUUCAUGACGUAGAGAGGACGAUGUUUUUUUUAUGUAACGGUAGGAAUGUAAUAAAGUAACUUCAGUUUACCUGAUA